UGAAGUACAGACAGAGUACGGUUUCAAAGCAGUCAGAAAAAAGAACGGGAAUGCUGUUCAGGAAAUUCUUCAGGCAUGGGCAGGGACUUGGCUGCAAUUCUGCAGUUGGAAAAUCUGACUGGGGCAGCUUCUGAACACAGGCUGGGCCUGCUCACACUCACACUCGGCAGGCUGAGCGACUGCCUCCUGGGCGCGCUCCGGGACUCUGAGUGAUUUUCAUCAGCCGCUUUGGGAAGCCAGGGAGAGAGAUGCCUCAGGAACAGUACACACACCACCGGAGCACCAUGCCCAGCUCUGAGGGGCCACAGGUAUACAAGGUGGGCAUUUAUGGCUGGCGGAAAAGAUGCCUGUAUUUCUUCGUCCUGCUCCUGAUGAUUUUAAUACUGGUGAACUUGGCCAUGACCAUCUGGAUUCUCAAAGUCAUGAACUUCACAAUUGAUGGAAUGGGGAAUUUGAGAAUCACAGACAAAGGUCUAAAACUAGAAGGAGACUCAGAAUUCUUGCAACCUCUCUACGCCAAAGAAAUCCAGUCCCGACCAGGUAAUGCCCUGUACUUCAAAUCAGCCAGAAAUGUUACAGUGAACAUUCUCAAUGACCAGACUAAAGUGCUAACUCAGCUCAUCACAGGUCCAAAAGCUGUAGAAGCUUAUGGCAAAAAGUUUGAAGUAAAGACAGUUUCUGGAAAAUUGCUCUUCUCUGCAGAUAACAACGAAGUGGUGGUAGGAGCUGAAAGAUUAAGAGUUUUAGGAGCCGAGGGCACAGUGUUCCCUAAAUCUAUAGAGACACCUAAUGUCAGGGCAGACCCCUUCAAGGAACUAAGGUUGGAGUCCCCGACCCGGUCUCUGGUGAUGGAGGCCCCCAAAGGAGUGGAAAUUAAUGCAGAAGCCGGCAAUAUGGAAGCCACCUGCAGAACCGAGCUGAGGUUGGAGUCCAAAGACGGAGAGAUUAAGUUAGAUGCUGCGAAAAUCCAACUACCUAGACUGCCUCACGGAUCCUACACACCUACAGGAACGAGGCAGAAGGUCUUCGAGAUCUGCGUCUGCGCCAAUGGGAGAUUAUUCCUGUCCCAGGCAGGAGCUGGUUCCACUUGUCAGAUAAACACAAGUGUCUGCCUUUGAGAGACCAUCCAUAGUGGACGUUGUCGGCAGCAGAAAGGCCGUUUUUGGCUUUAGACCCUGGCUGCCAGCUAUUUUUACUAGAACACAGAAAGCCUAUCAAAGACCUUGUGCGUGUGUGUGUGCGUGCGUGCGUGUGAGUGUGUGUGUGUAUGCGUGCGGAUGGAUAUAAAUAUAUAUAAAUAUAUAUAAAUAAAUAUAUAUAUCCUCUGUAUAAAAUGAGGUUUCAGUACAAAAGGAACCAUGGGUGACCCUGUGAUACACCGUCAUUUCCAUGUCAACCCCACCACCUACAUGAUAAGAUCAAAAACACUGAUGCAGGCCCAACAUUCCUCACACCCUUCCAAAUCACACAGUGUAUCAGACACUUAACCGAAUAUUCACCAACAGUUUGAGGAGCCACGUGUCUUCCCCUGUAGUGUCAUUACAGGGCAGUGAUGGCGGGAAUCUCCAAGUCACGCUCGAGCAGUGAGACCCUUGUAUUGAAAUAGACAUUUUGUUUCCAUUUUUACUUUUAGGAAGGCUGGCCCACAUCCCACCUUUCAAGCGAGGGAUGGGGCAGUGCCACAGAAGUCAGCUGCAGGAACACAAAGGGCUGUUCUCCCUUCACGGCCAAAUGUACUGGGGCUUUUGUAGUUGCAUGAAUGUGGAGGAUGAAUUUCAGCAAAGUUUAAACUGCUCACCCAACUCCUGCUAGCCUCCUUCAAAAAUCACAUAUUAUCCCACAAUCAAAAUAGGAGUUGUAAAUCAGCACAAAAUAGGAUAACAGCUGCUCCUCAGUCUGCUGGAAGCGACUCCGUGGCCUGACAGGCAAAGAAUACAUGGGUGGUGUGUCUCUGUUUAAAGGACAAAAUGGCUCCAAGUCUGUUUCAUCCUCACUUCUGACUUUAUCCAGCAGACUCCAGCCCCAAGUGAACGGGUCCAUCAAAAUCGUUAAGAGAAGAACCCCUACCUGAAGAGAAGCCAUUGAGGGACAGAAACCUAAUUAAGAACAGCAUAGAAAACCUAAUUAAUUUUUCUAUGUAUCCUGGGAUUGGUAGGUAAUUUGGAGACUUGCCUUUUCUUUCUAAAGGCAUGCACAAACUCUGGCUUCCAUCUUCUUAUAUAUAUGCUUGUUGGGCUAUUCAUAUUCCUAAGGCCACCGUUAUGUUUUCUCCAAGAAUAGUGACCCAAGAAUCACAGAUCUGAAAUGCAUGCCCUCAGAAAUGGUCACUGGAAAUUAAUAUAAACUGAGUCACAUGUCUCUCUCAGACUCACUGUGUUUCCACAGCCCAGCAGCAUCAUGACUCGAUACGUGGAAGCACCUCCCUGGUUCCCGCCAUCAGCUACCUCUCAUCCCUCCACCUUCAUCAUCGUGCUCCAGGGUCACCCUGGCCAGCUCUUGUGCUGGGACAGGGGAUUACACCAUCUCUGUUCAAAGAGGGGGAAAUGUGCCUAUGCCUUAAGUCAAUGCACUCAGCAAGGAGAAGCACAUCCUGUUUAUCUUGUUACAACUGUAGUUUAUUUUGGGUGAUUGGAGGGGAAUGGUUCAGUCAUGAGUGGGCCUCUUAAAAGCUGGUAGACAAACCAAGUGGCUGACAGAAGUGGCCUCACAGGAGCCCAAAUGGAGUCAUAACUGGCUUAGACAGUCCCGGACGCCAUUUGCCAAGCAGCGGCCCCACGAUCCUAAAUGAGGUUGUAUUUGUAGGCCCAAAUGACAUUUGUGUUUUCUUCAAGGUUUUAAUUUUUCUUACUUCACAAGUGGGGGAAGAUUUGUCACAGGAAAUGAAUAACAGAUUUGAUAUUUUUGAGAGGACACUCCAGCAUCAGGCUGAGGUUUGCAUACAAAGGAUAUAAAAGUAAGCUGUGUGUUGCUUAGUCACGUAGGAGCGGGUGGGGGCAAAACAGGGGGGAGGUUUCCUAGCCUGACCAGCAACCCUGCUGGCUUCCAGACCCUAUAUUCCCUCCAGUCACUCCUCCUUUGUAUCCCAUGUAGAAGAAUUGAGUUGUUCAAGGGCAAGACUACUUAGUUUGUAAAAGUAGAAGCUAAAAAGGAAAACCCUAAGAAGGUGUCAAGUUGCUUUGGAUUGGCAUUAUUUAUGUCCUGUAGAAUCCUACUGCUAGCAUCUGCAUGUACUACAUACAGGGUUUUGCCAAAUAGGAGAGCCUCCCCCCCACCCCCACUUGGCUACGAGGAACAUCUUCCCCAUGUCAUUCAGACAAACAGUAGUAGCCGUGAGGCCCUCUGUGGCUAAAUACCUUAACACAAAAUGUUUUUAAGCAGACAGACCAUCUUUGCGUUUUGCCAUCCCAAGUACAGAAUCUAUGGAUGACAAGAAAACAAAAGGCUCCCUAAACCUCUUUCCUCUGAUUUUGUUCUAAUCAUCAUAGGAAAAUCUGAGAUCAGAACCUUGGGGAUUUUAUGCCAAUAAAACAUAGUGAUGUGAUCCCUUGCAGAAUUCAGUCCUAAAGGGAAUCAGAUCACAAAUAGGAAAAAAUAAUAAUAAUAGCAAACCAAGAAUGAAAUCAAGCACCUAUGGGGUACAGACAUGAUAAAAAAAAAUUGAUUUUCAUUUGUACUAAGUGACUACAAAAUACCAGGUAAUAGGCAGGAAACCUGGCAUGGACUAAAUUAUGUAUUUCAGUUCAGACUACAGAAAUCAGUAAAAUGCAUUCAAAGUUCCUCAAUGUACAUUUUGUUCUCCCAACUUCCUCCAACUAGAAUAUUUGUCCAUGGUCAUAAGAGAAAGUUUUAAUUCUGGGGGAAAAAAACCUUUUACAUUAAAAUCCGAUAAACUUUCAUUUUAAAAAGUGAGAUUCUUUCUAAUCUUUAUAUAAUAUCUUCUAGACAAUCACACUCCAGCAUAUUAAACAGCAGGUGGCGUGACAAGAGUUCAAGUGAAUCAAUAUUCUAGAAGUUCUAGUAUGCUAAUAGUCUUCAGAAGAUUUUUUUAAUUAAAAAGUGAUCUCCAAAUAUGUUUAGCACUCUGUUCUAUUUGUUAUCUGUUCAACAAGUCUUAAAAGUUCAGUCUUAAACUACUAGCGUAUGAGAAAGGUUUUCAAAAGCUCUUACGGUGGCGUCUCUGCAGGUGGAAACUUGGUAUGAGGCUUUCUAAUUGUUCCUUUACCCAAGGGAUAGAUCUUAUAAACUUGAAUUGGCUUUAACUUCCUUUAGGUCAGUUUCCUUUGGAUGAUUUUCAUUGUAUAUCCAGCAACUAUAGACCAAAGACUGCUUAAAGUUUAAUUCUAGAGCAGGGGUCAGCAAACUGGGGUCCCUAGACCAAACCUGGCUCAUCACCAGUCUUUGUAAAUAAAGUUUUAUUGUAACACAGACACAUCCAUUCAUUUCCAUGUUGUCUGUAGCUGAUUUCAUUCUAUAACAAUAGGGUCGGGUAACUGUGCCAGAGACCUCAUGGCCUGAAAAGCAGAAAAUACUCUUUGGACCUUUCCAGAAAAGUUUGCUGACCCCAACAUAGAGGUCAUUUGUGCUAGGUGUUGGACACAGCUGGAAGGAAAGCAAACUCCACAGUAGCGUGGAGUCACCCUACAUUUCUGUGUGUGCUUAGGAAUAUAAAUUCUUGCCUAAAGAAGAAGGUUAACCCUUAUGUUUUGAGUAAAAGUGAUCCACUUGUCUGAGAAAUGCAGGUUCACAGGAAUCGUGGGAAAAGGGAGGGUGGAGUCAGGGGAAGACUUCGUGCAAAAGGAAAGCUGUGCUCCUCCAAUAGUUUUUUUCCUUAGGACCCUUAAUUAGAGAAUGGUUCCUUGAGUUGGUAUCUUGGAGGGCCAGAAGAAAAGCAGAGGUCCUAUGGUUUAAAUUUAGAAUUUCUAAAGGGACUGUUUCUGCAGUGUCACAGGUUUUCCACCUCACCAUCACAUAUUCCAGAAAGAUGCUCAUUCUGUGGUCCUCUAGAGAGUAUCUUCGACCAAACGUGUCUUGUGGACAUCCAUCAAUCAGUUAUUUACACCCCCAGUGCACUCGCCAUUCCUGUGUCCCCACCUGGCCUGAAGGGUUGGUGGGACCAAUAAAUAAUAUUGGAAGAAUAAUAAAUAUGGGGGGAGGAGAAAUACUGAAAGCAGCAUCUUAAAAUAUGUAGGAAGAGAAAAUAUCGUAAACAUCUUUCAUGAAGGUGUUUAGUGGGGAAACCAAAUCAAUGCCAGUUUGAUUUUGUUUCCAAGGAUUUGGGUCUUUUUUAUUUGGUGUAGCAGGAGCGCAAAAAAAAAAAAAAAAAAAAAAAAAAAAAGACCUAUUUUGAAUUUUUGAAUUCCAACAUCUCUGCCUCUGUGUCAUAAGACAAGUUCCUACCAGAGAUCUGUUCCUUCAGUCAACAAAUCUACUGCUAAAUCCAUUCUUAUAUUACUGAAACAGCAUCAGUAAUGAAUGAGUCUUUGUAAGCAUGAGCAUUCCUGUCGGAAAAGACUUUUUCUUUUUUUUUUUAAAUGAAAACAACCAGGAGUAUUUACCAGACCCCAGUCCACAUCACUUAAAGAGCCCUUCAGCAUUUUAUCUGGAUUCAACCAAAAGAGGAUUAAAUUGGUAACACUGCCCUUCGCAGAAGCAGCUAUGUGAGAAUAUCUUGCUUUUGUUGAUUUUAGGCAAAAGGUAGCAUGAUGUUUGGACCAAACUGGUGAACAGAUCCCUGUAAGCUCUUGAUCCUUAUUUUUUAAGGCUCUGUGAAAGGUGAGAAUCUCAUUGAAGUAAGUUGUAAACAAAACAAGAUGGUUCACUCUCUUUCCCCUGCACCAGGAAAUCUUAGGCCCCAAAAGGAUAAUGAAGCACCUCCUAGAAUGAUACGUUUGCAUGGUGGCCCACUAGCAGGUAGGGGGUGGGGGGGAGGUUAUAAUAAAAAAUCACCUUAGAAAACAGGCCUUUUAUCUCAAAGAUAAAAAUGUCUUUCAGUCUUUCAUCACUUUUUCCUCAGGGGAAGUUUCCCCCACUUCCACCUUAUUUCCAUUAAAAUCGUCAAAACUACUGCAUUGGGAUGUCAGAUGCAUCUCUUUCUUUGUGGCAAUCUGAAUUUAAAAUUAUACAGUUGCCUCUGAAUUUCUCAUUCACAAAGCUAAACCCAC